AGUCGUACAUCAAUAUACGGAUAAUCCAAAAAAAGCAUCCAAAAUUAUCGAUAAACAUUUACGAGAGCGAGAAUUUGUGGUCUUCGAUUUUACCAAACCAGUAGACAACCCUUUAGCAAUUAGACUAGGAUGGGAUGCGCCAUUAGCGUUAGAUGAAUAG